AUGUUACUGAAUGAACUAGUGUGACUGCACGUCAUCCAUCGAUUCAGUUCGCCGCAGUAGAAGGGGCUCGGCUCUCCCGGCACAACCUCUCAAACAGCGGUGCGCAAAGGAGGAAACCUCGGGGUUCUGGGGGGAUCCUCGCCAACGUCAUGCGGCGAUUCUCGGACCACCGGCUCCAGAACACCGCUCAAAGUCACGCAUACAAACGACGUUUUACAGCAGUGGGCGGAGCCGCGGGAGACUGCGCGUCCUCAGCCGCUCGGUGGGCGGAGCCAAAUGAUGGAGCUGAGCUGAUAACGCACUGAGCGGAGGGAUGAACAUUUGUGGUGUGUUUGGAAAACUGAACUGAGAAGAAAACAAUGAUGACCUCGAUCAGGCAACGCUGCUGUGGACGAUUUUCCUUCCUCCUCACAAUGGUCUCUUUGCCAGUGUUCAGACCAUAAGCAACAAACAGAGACACGCAGACAAAAGGGGCUCGAUCCGCUCAUGCUGGUUUUGGCUGGACUGUCCAGCUCUGUACAAUGAAGAGACCCAAGCAGCAGUCGCAGGCCCUCAGUUUCCUCAGCUUCUUCAGCCGAAAGCCUAAAUCUGACCCUAGGAUCGAGAAGCCCACCGGGACUCUGAACAAGGAGGAAGUGGCCAUUACUCUCACGCCCAGUGAACAUGAGCAUGUGGAGCAAGCUCAGGGUGAUGCAGGACUGGAGGUCUGCCGGUUUGGAGGAGAUGGCGGGACCGGUGAAGGGAGUGUCGUGGGUGAUGAGGAGGGAGCAGUGGAGUGCGGGAGUAGUGGCUCGAUGGCUGUUCUGUCCUUGUCCUCCUCCAGUCAGGAGCAGCUGCUUGAGCACCUGGUGGAGUGCCCGCUCUGCCUCCUCAGUCAACCGCGCGCCCACUUCCCCCGCCUGUCCUCUUGCCAGCAUCGUGCCUGCACAGACUGUUUGCGCCAGUACUUACGCAUCGAGAUCUCUGAGAGCCGCGUGGGCAUCGCCUGUCCUCAGUGCCCUGAAGCUCUUGCUCUGCCCGAUGUCCGCGCCAUCCUGGAUGAUGGAGCUCUGCUGGAGCGAUUCGAGGAGUUCCAGCUUCGCCGCUUUCUGGCUGCUGAUCCAGACACCCGCUGGUGUCCUGCACCAGACUGCAGCUAUGCAGUGAUCGCCUAUGGCUGUGCAGAGUGUCCCAAGCUAAGUUGUGGUCGGGAAGGCUGUGAAACAGAGUUUUGCUACCACUGCCGCCAGCUGUGGCAUCCAGACCAGACCUGUGACCAAGCCAGACGCCAACGUGCUCGCCACACGUCAGGAGCCAACGAUGUUUCCACGCUCUACGUCUUCAACGAGGAACCUGGUGAUGCAGAGGAGAUCAAGCCCUGUCCGCGAUGUGGAGCCUACAUCAUGAAGACCAAUGACGGCAGCUGCAAUAGGAUGAACUGCACAGUGUGCGCUUGUCAGUUCUGUUGGCUAUGCAUGCAGGAGAUCACUGAUGUGCAUUAUCUGAGUCCCUCAGGCUGCACUUUCUGGGGAAAGAAGCCGUGGUCUCAGACUCGCAAAGUUUUAUGGCAAGUCGGCAUGCUUCUUGGGGCACCGGUGGUGAUCUCACUCAUAGCGGGCAUCGCCAUACCAGUCAUCAUUGUGGGAAUUCCAAUUUAUAUGGGCCGCAAGGUCCAUGGUCGCUGUAAGAAAAACAAUACCUCAGGAAGUAAGCAUUAUCUGACAGUGGCCAGCGGGGUCAUGAUGUCUGUUUUUGUGUCUCCAGUCAUAGCAGCCAUUACUGUGGGUGUGGGGGUGCCUCUUAUGCUGACGUAUGUCUAUGGAGUGGUGCCCAUGUCAUUAUGUCGUAAUGGCUGGUGUAGGCCACAGUCAGAGCCUCCUGAAGUUCGAAACAUACAGCUGGAAGACUUGGCCAACUAUCUUCUAUUUUCUCAUGUAGUCAGUGAUCACUGGACCGGACAGAACAAUCCAGCUCUGACCGAUGCAAGCGUACAGGAAGUGAGUGUGAAUGUGGAGGAAGUGAUGGCGCUUCCCAGCCUCAGUGUUCUCCAGUCUGGAGCUGCAGGUUCCGCUGAAGCCUCUGAUGAUGGACAUGUUGACAGCACGGAGCCGAUAGCUCAGUCAGAUGAAGUGGAUGUUGUUGAGGAGUGUGCCUUCAGCAGCUCACAGACAUUUGCUCUGAGGGAAGGCACUAAUAUUGAGGUGCGAGUGGAGAUUGAAGCUCAGCCGCGGGGCGCCCGGAAGCCGAGCCUCAGCAGUAUUUUGUCUAGUAAGAGCUUGUCGGCAGAGUCUCUCAGCCAAUCCCAUGAACCUCUGUGUGCCUCCAAACAGACCGGCAGCACCGAACCCAUCCCAGUUCCUGAGAUCGACAGCGUCUGAGCAAAAAAAAAAAAAAACUGGAGAACCACUGCUUCCAUGACCCACCUGGAGCUUCCAGCCGCAGAGACUCAGCAGCCUGAGGGCAGAUGCCAAAACGCCAUGCAGGAGAUCAGAGAAACUUAAACGACCUAGCGCAUGUUUGUCAACCAGUUUGAGGAGUGCUAACCAAUUUUAUACUGUAAACUCUAUCGCCUAUUUGGAUGAUGCUCUGGUUAAUUUAUUCGAUUAGCUUUUUCUUUUAGCUGUACCCUUUGAUCUCAUGACCAUAUGGUUCACGUCCCUGAAAAAAGAUGAAGUAAUAAGCUAUGGAUUAAUAGCAUGGCUUCUUGAUGUGCCAUGUGACUAGCAACACGCAGGCUGAAGAGAAGUGUGCUGCAGGCUAAAGCUAACUUUGUUAAUGGGCUUUUCCCUCAUGGUAUUCAUUCAUUCAAAUUAUGCAAUUUUUUUACAUAACCGUUGCGUUUUCAUGAAGGAGCAGUACAUUCUGUGGGAUUUAGGUCUAGGAUUAGCCUCCAGCGUCAUGCUGUUUCUGUUACUGUAUGUCCUGAAUAUGCUAAUCUUAGGUCAGAGCUGGUGUAAACGCCAUGAGGGCUAUGAUUUAGGCAAAACACUGCAGGUGAAUAGGUACAAAUUCAUUCACAAUACAUUCAAAAUCGCAUUUUUUUUUUUGUAUUACAAGUUUCCUAAAAUGUGUUUAAAUAAGGAAAGAAGGCAUUAUUUUGUUAAAUAAGCACUAAUUUGCAUACAUUUCUUGCCCAAAAAUCUGAACAUUGGAUGAAUUCUGGUUAAAAAUGGCUUGUUUACUUUCUUUUGACAUGUUAUAGAUGGAAUCUUGAGUAUUAUUUUGUCACUCCAAAGUUCAGAAAUUUAUGCUUACCGCCAGGACUAAAGGUUGAAUAAAAUAUUGUAUAUUAUCAGUCAGAUAUGAACACAUUUCUCAGCUUCUGAAUUUAGCUUUGAAUAACUCAGUGCAUCUGAAAUGCAAAUUUGUCACUCCAAAAGCUGUGAUUUUUGCCUGCAGUGUUUCGCCCUUAAAAAUAAUGAUCUUGUUUCACUUUUAGAUCUUUAUUUCUGCAGUUCAAGCAUUUGUUUUUCCUCAGUCGAGUCGAGAGUUUUAAUAGCCCAUUAGCUAAAGUGAGCACCUUUUCUCAAAGCAGUUCAGCUUGCUGAGUAAUACAUUGAACUAAUACCUCAGAGCCAACAGAUGUUUCAAGUCCAGACUAUCUUUGCUGGCUUUUUUGACACUUGGCAUCGAAGGAAGAACUCAGAAAGCUAGAUCAGGCCUCUAAUACAAACAUUUAACCCCGUCCUGUUCAAAAAACAAAUCCUGUUUAAAAGACUUCCAGGAGUUUCCAAAACUGACUCUUCAAUGCUGCACUGCAGAUUGGGAACAAUGAUUGGAACAGUGUGUCAAUAAAACCAUUUGUAUUCAAUGAGGAA